AUGGAACAUAAUUCUUCAAGAGCUUCUCGCUUGAAUUCGAAAGAGGAGCCGUCCACGUCGAAUACACAGCCAAAUGCGCGUCAAUUGCUGGGCAUACAAGUUCCUCGUCCUAUUUCGUUCAAGAAUGAUCCUUUUGGAUUUGAUUCCGUUAAAGGAAUCCGUUUAAGCUCAACGUUAGAAUCAGAUUCUUCUGCUUUACGCAGUGGAAAUCAAGCAUUAAAAUUCUGCGCGCCGUAUCAAGACAGUUUUGAAAGAAUUCUAUCCUCCUCUCCACCAGUCGUUAAUGAAGGUGAAUUUUUGAAAAAUGUAGAAGAUCCCUCCUUUAACGUUCAUUCGAAGCAUCCUCUACCUUUAUCUGCCUCUUCACCAAAGCAAGUACCUUUGCCUGCUUCGUCUCCUCCUAACUAUUCUUCAUCUCCCUCCUCUCCAAUUCCACUGUCUUCUGUUACAACUUCUUCCAUGCAUCCUCCUUCAUCUUCCAGAUUGUCCUCUCGAUCCUCGUUCCCAAAAGACGCGACAACUCGACAGUUGGAACGUUUUGUUCCUAUCCCUCAUGGGAACCUCAAAAAGCGUCUCAGGAAGCGUUCUCCUCGUGAAAACGAUGAUUUAGAUCUCUCCAUUCUACAUUCUAUUCCUAACUCAUCGCCUCCGUCGUCAGCAUCUGAAUCCGAACCCGAAUUUGAAGAAUCACAGUUACUGUGGAAACUUUCAAAGCGAACAAAGGUUACUCAUAGACAGUCAGACUCUUCAUUCACAUUGGAUAACGAAAACCUCGAACCACAGCGUAAUGAUAAGCAUUCAUCUGAUGGCUCUUCUAGUGAUGAAGAUUCUGAGAAAAAACAAGUGCUAGACGAAGAACAGCAAAAACGUAUGGAUGACAUGAGACAGUACUAUAAGCAAAUAGACCAGUACAGCUUUCAGGUGGUCGAUGAUUGA